ACUGAGCUUAACUGUCAAUCCCAGCUUCCAAACAAAAAAAACUUGGGCGCGCUAGACGAAGAGAAGCGAAAACGAUUGCAAAAUGCUAUUCUACUCCUUUUUCAAAUCUCUGGUCGGGAAGGAUGUGGUCGUGGAGCUGAAAAACGAUCUUAGUAUUUGUGGAACGCUGCAUUCCGUCGACCAGUACCUCAACAUAAAGCUUACCGAUAUCAGUGUAACGGAUCCGGAAAAGUACCCGCACAUGUUGUCGGUUAAAAACUGCUUCAUCCGUGGUUCGGUCGUGCGGUAUGUGCAGCUGCCCGGCGAGGAAGUCGACACGCAGUUGCUACAGGAUGCCGCCAGAAAAGAGGCUGUAACGAGUGUUCGAUAAGUAGUAAAUUUGAGCGUGUGAAAGAAGAUACAACUGCGUUUGGUGCUGCUUGACGGUUUGAAGUGCUUGAUGACAAGGUUUGCGAGAGGCCAAAGGUAGGGAAACAGGUAACGCUAAAUUACAUACUGCUCUGCGCAAUGUGUCUACGAAUCACUUCGCUCCAAAGAAACAAUUUAUGCAUGAAAAUAGAGGCGGCCGAAUAUGAUAGGAUAGGAUAGGACAGGAGUAUGGGAAAGUAAGGUUCCAAAACCAUCCUACGGCUUACCUUGAUUUAUUCGAAUUUGAUUCUCCGUUCGUUAGCUAUUCGUAAUCAUUGUCAUCAUAGGAAAAGAAACACGGAACCAGUUUAUUCAGACUUCAGCUGACCAUUUCUCGCACGGUUUCAUUUCGUAGCUUUUUGUUCUGGCAUUCGGUCAGCACGUUUUUGCCAUGCCCCCUUUGAUAUCAUACAGUUUACACCGAAUGUUUCUAAAAUUCGCAAGAAUGGCAUACUCUAUAACAACAAUAAAUUAGGA